AUGCAGGCGCGCGGGGGCGCCGCGGCGGGACGCCGGGCCUUCGGCAGCCUCUGCCCCAACCGGAUGCCGGAGCUGCGCGGCCCGGCCCCUGGCAAGCCCUGGCGGCUGGAGGGCAAGCUCGUUCCCCCGCGAAGGGUCCCCCCCGACUGCGGCAGGGACCCGGGGUCCGGGUGCGGCCACCCCCCGGGCGCCGAGCCCGCGGCGCUGCCAGCCUUCGCCACCAUCGACCUGCAGGACCUGGCCGACUGCUCGCUGCUCGCGCCCCUCGCGCCGCCCGCCGGGGACCCGGCCGCCCCGCAGAGCCAUGGCCCGCAGCCGGCGGCGGCCUGGGACCCGCAGGACUUCAGGGCGACGGUGGAGGAGCUCCUCGCAGACUCGGCCCCCUGGCUGUCGCCUCCCCCGGCCGGCGCCGACUUCCCCUUCUCUCCGGGCGACCCGCUGCCCUUCGGGCCCUGCCUCUCGCCGCCGCCGGCCCCGGCCCCGGCCCCGCCGCCGGAGCAGUACUGGAGGGCGGUGGCCGACCAGAGCCGGCGGGCGCUGGGGGACGCGCUGGCGGAGAACAGCCAGCUUCACGCGGCGCUGACCCGGAAGCAGGAGGAGAUCGCGGCGCUGCGGGAGCGCAACGUGCGGCUCCGGGAGCUGGCCGGCCGGACCCGGCGCCUGGCGGCGGCGCUGGACAAGCUGAUGGUCACGCAGCCGCCGGAGGGGGAGGCGGCCGGGCCCCGCCCGCCCGGGGCCGCGGCCAAGAGGCGCCCGGAGGAGCUGCCGGGCGCCGCGGAGCCAGACUGCGCGCCCCUGGACACCGCGGCCCUGGACGCCGCCCUGCGGGACCUGGCCGCGCGCUGCGAGGACCUGCUGCGCGGCCGCGACCCCAAGCGCCCCCGCCUGCAGCCCGAGCCCGCCAGCCCGGCCCGCCCGGGGCCCCUGCACGGCGCCUUCCGCGGGCUGCGCACCGCCUGCGGCCUGAGCCGCGGGGAGCCGGGGGCGGGCGGCGCCUUCUGCACCCCGAUCCGCAGCCACAGCACCAUCCGCACCCUGUCCUUCCCCCAGGGCAGCGCCUUCACCAUCCGCACGGCCGGCGGGGGCUACAAGUUCCGCUGGGUGCCCAGCUGA